ACAUCCAGGAAGAGAGUUGCAGAAAGUCCAAAGUGAACAACGUUUGGACAACGUGAGUUGUGUGUAGCUUUUUUCUGCUGAGAUGUUUAGUCCAAUAAAGUCAUCGCUGGUCAGAGAGUAUUAACAGGCUUGAAUAAAACAAGGAGAACUCUAAUAAAGUCAGUGCUCUGAUCAUGGCCCUGAAUAAGUCCAUGCACCCUCGAAACCGUUACAAAGACAAACCACCUGACUUCGGUUACCUGGCAUCCAAAUAUCCAGACUUCCAGCAGCACGUGCACACCAGCCUCACCGGAAGACCCGUUGUGAAUUUCAAAGAGCCGGAGGCAGUGCGAGCACUCACCUGCACCCUGCUGAAGGAGGACUUUGGUUUGACCAUUGAGAUCCCUCUGGAGCGCCUCAUACCCACCGUCCCGCUCCGCCUCAACUACAUCCACUGGGUGGAGGACCUCAUUGACGGCCAGAAGCAACCACGCAGGGGCAUUGACAUUGGCACGGGGGCGUCUUGUAUCUACCCCUUGUUGGGAGCCACAAUGAACGGCUGGUACUUUCUGGCUACAGAGGUGGACGACAUCUGUUUUGACUACGCUACGAAAAACGUGGAGCAGAACAACCUGUCUGAGCUCAUUAAAGUUGUCAAAGUCCCUCAGAAGACUUUACUGAUGGAUGCCUUGAAAGAAGAGACCGAAUUAGUGUAUGACUUCUGUAUGUGCAACCCUCCUUUUUUUGCCAACCAGCUAGAAGCAAAGGGGGUAAACUCCAGGAACUCACGGCGACCUCCUCCCAGUUCAGUGAACACAGGCGGUGUGACGGAGAUCAUGGCGGAGGGCGGGGAACUGGAGUUUGUCAAGAGGAUCAUUCAUGACAGCCUGCAGCUCAAGAAACGCUUGCGGUGGUACAGCUGCAUGUUGGGAAAGAAAUGUAGCUUGACACCUUUGAAAGAGGAGCUGAGGAAGCAAGGGGUGCCUAAAGUGACGCACACGGAGUUCUGCCAGGGACGGACCAUGCGGUGGGCGCUGGCCUGGAGUUUCUAUGAUGAUGUGAUUGUUCCAUCUCCUCCCAGCAAGAAGCGUAAAUUGGAGAAGGCACGGAAGCCCCUGUCGUUCACACUACCACAGGCGGGACUGAAGGAGCUCCAGGCCAAGGACUCGGCUGUAGGCUGUACUGCCUGCAGCCCUGUGGACAGCAUAACUGCUCUGCUAGAGAAAACACUCACUGACCUGCGGGUGCUGCACAAACGUGUCCCGUGCCGAAAGCAGGAGCAGAGCCUCUUCCUAACGGCUGUGGAGAACACGUGGAUCCACGGACGACAGAAGCGACGUGAAGGGUCGCGUCAGUUGCGGGAGCUUCCCAGGGCGCCGCACUGUGCUGGAGCCAGCUCUCAAACCACUGCGGCCACAGCUGCUCCCGCCACAACCCCGACAUUUCAAAACCAGUCUGCAUCUACACUAGACAGCAACACCCAGGGCGAUAGCACUCAAAAGGAAAGCGUGUCUGCACAGGAGCUAGCUGCUAAGCAGGAGCCCGCAGAGCAGAUUGGCAAUGGCGCUUCUUCAGCUGAGACGAGUAAAGAUGUAACACACAAAGAGGUCUUGGAAAAUGUAUCGGGAGAAGACGUGGACAUGGAGUCCUCUACGUCCAAAGAGGCAGGGCAGGAAACUGUCCCAAAGGAAGCACCUGCUGCAGAAGGCGAACCCCCCUCCAAGAGACCACUGAGCCCCGGUGUAGUGGAACACUUCCUGUUUAAGUGUCUGCUGAACGUGAUGCCUGAAGAGAACGAUGUAGUGAUUGAGAUGCACUGGGUCGAGGGUCAGAGUAAAGACCUGAUGAACCAACUCUGCACCUACCUGAAGAACAUGCUCUUAAAGUCUGUCGCCAAGUCCUAAAUGGUGGAGGGAAAAAAACAGGCCCUUUUCUUUUUAAACCGUUAAUUCAGAUGUGAAAUGACAGCACGUGUAUUAUUUUUAUAGAUGAUGACUGAGUGCCUGUCAGUUGGGAAUUUUCUUUUUGGACAGUUAAAAUGAUUACAAUGUGCAUAACUGUAUACAGCUUUUGAUACUUUUUUUGUAGUACUUAGCAGUUUACCUUUUAAGGUAAUACAUAAAAAUUGGACAUAUAUUGUGCUCAGUUCAUUUGCAAUAAAUGUACAUUUUUAUAACA